UGCUGCUCUCGUGCAGUCGUGCAGAAAUCGAGACCAAAAAAGUUGGCAAACAAACAAAUAUAAUUACUAACAUAUCAAAACAGAAAUGCGCUGUACACUCAUUGCAGUUUAUGUCCUGCUAGGACUCUGCUUAACAAAUGCUCUAGAUUCGCGCGCAUUUAAAUACUGUGAUGACACGAACAAAAGCUGCGUGACACGAAAAUACGGCUCAACGAUUCCCAUGCGCAUUUAUGAAUGUCUCAGUGAGUUCAGCAUGCUGCGCUGCACGAAACUCUUUGUGCUGCAAAAAUUGGAAGAACGCAAACAGUUGCCGCAGUCUGGAAAUCUGACAAAGGACUUUAUGGAUCAGUUCUUUGGCGAGGAAACGCAGCUUGGCAGCUUGAUAGGCGAGAAAUAUCGACAGAUGUCUGAGAAGGAGUUGAAUCAGCGACUGGUAAAGAAUUUCCAACGCUUCUUCAAGCAUCGCGACAUUAAGCUACACUUCUUGCCCGGCAUGCUGGUGAAAAUUGUACCCAGCAAGGAGAACAAGCUGAAGUUUACGCUAAAGAAAGCUAUGAAAUCUCGAAUGGGACGUGCUCGACGACGUGAUACGGAAGAGAUGCAACUGAAUAUAAUGAAUCUGCCGUCCAUGUCGGGAGCACCCAGCGGCACCGGCACCAGCGCCAGCGUUGAGAACUACGAACCGGAAGCGGAGGGCGACUCCAAGCAACAAGGCUUGGGAGCUGUGCAUGGCGGAGACAGUGCUGGAGGCGGUGGAAUGCUCAACAAGCGCAAGAAGAAGCAAUCGUAUAAGAUGACAAUGCUUCAAGUGGCAGUGCCCAUUUUAGUGCUGCCCAUUAUUCUGCUCGGCAGUCUGCUGCCCUUCAUUCUGCCCACGCUGAAGAUGGCCACCAUUUUGUCGCUGUUCAUGAACAAUGGCGCCUUUCUGGCCGCCAUGCUCUACGCCUAUGCUUCCGCCUCCGCCACCGCUGCCAAUCAGCCACAACACAUUAGCUAUGGGUAUGGGUCCGAUGGUUUUCAUUAAUGAUUUCCUCAACCUGUGUACAUCUCCAAUACUUCCCUAAAUAAAGACUGUCUUUUACUUCAAACCAUUUGUUUACCAAUUAGUUUCAGCAUAGAAACUUAUAAAAGAAUUAUAAAUUUAAAUCUUAAUAUUCAGUAUGGCGGAAUUUAAAAAAUGAGCAACGACUAAAUUGACAUCGACCUUUUAUUCGAUCUCUCGAUCUGUUAUAUUAUAAUUGCUAAUCAAAAGUUUCAGUUUCGCAAACCAUUCUGACUCUAGUUCAACAGAAUUUCAAUUGAGAAAUAUGCUUGAAAAUUUGCAAGUCUAAA